GAAGAAGAAGAAGAAUGUACGCAUGCGCGAAUGCGCGAAUGUUACCAUGCAUGCUGCAAAGUCAACUGGAGCAAAAGCGUACGAAAACAAACUACUGUAACCCGUAAACAAAUUUCAAGAGAGGUAACCUAAAAUAAUUUUCAAGAAAGCUGGAGGACCUAAUGUUACUAACAGAAUGGCAACUCCAGCUAUUCGGAUGUUUCGCAGAUUAGAGGGUCUGUUUUGUGUGUACAAACCCUCUGGUGUCCACUGGAAACUCGUACGGGAUAGCGUCGAGACAAAUCUUCUUAAAGGUUUGAAUGCUACAUCGUCACAGCCACUUCCUCAGGAGGUCCGCUUCUUGGCACACCCAGUCAGUGAGACUGAAGCACCCAAAGGACUCACACUGUCUGCAUCCUCUGUGCCAGUACUGUCCAAGCAUCCUCUGGUGACUGGACCUGAAUUCCAGCAUAUCAGAGUUGGAGUAGGACAUCGCCUGGAUGCAUUCUCUUCAGGUGUUCUGGUUCUUGCUGUCGGGAAUGGAAACAAGGCCAUAAAUGAUCUCUACAGAACACGAGUCACAAGGGAUUACACUUUGGAGGGUGAAUUUGGGACUGCAACAGAUGAUUUCUCUCACACAGGCAGAGUUGUGGAAAGAUCCACCUACGGUCACAUCACACAGGAUAAGCUGGACAAAGUAUUGGCGAUGCUGCAGGGAGCCAAUCAAAAGGCCUUGUUAAUGUAUUCCAACGUAGACAUGCACUCGCAGGAAGCCUAUGAGAUGGCUGUGCAAGGUUUACUGGGUCCAGAGGGGAAAUCACAGCCUAUUUUGACAGGCUUGCGUUGCAUUCACUUCCAGCCCCCCAACUUCACUUUAGAGGUGCAGUGUCUAAAUGAAACUCAGAAAUAUUUGCGCAAAGUUGUGCAUGAGAUAGGACUCGAGCUGCGCAGCACAGCAGCGUGUAAAGGGGUUAGACGGACCAGAGACGGCCCCUUCACCCUGCAGGAUGCUCUGACCCAUCACCACUGGACUGCUUCUGAUGUUAUACAGGCCAUCAGACAAUACCACUCUAAAAAAAAUCUAAAAUAUUCCCACGCACAGAUCAAGGACACAGCAUUGCCACCACCAGAAGAGAGUACAACGUAAAUAAAACCAGCGACGAAGCAGUGGUAGGUAGAAUUAAACUAAAUUAAACUUGUUGCUGUGAGCAGCAGUUAACACAAGUCACAGAACUGCUCUACAGGGACUCUAUGAGCCUGAACUUCAUUUGGAAAAGAGAUGUGAAAGACCACAGAUCCUGGUUCCUAAAAGAGAAAGUAUCAAUUUGGACACAACUCAUUAUAUUUUGCUUUUGUUUAAUAUGCAAACUUCUACAGAGCCAUCUACAGAGGCAAUUGCUGUAUCUCAUGUUUUCACUUUUGUUAAAUGUUGUGCAGGUAAUAACUUAUUCCCCAAAUCCUAAUAUGAGAGUGUUUGUUUUUAUCAUGAAAUAAUACAAAAAAGAAUUUGACCAACAUUUUGUUUCAGAUUCUGGGUUGUGCUACCAUUUGAUAAUUUGAGCUUAUGUCCAUGUUUAGUUUUUAGUUUUAGACAAUAUAUUAAACUGUGCAUUCGUACAAAGUGGUUGACCACGAAUCAAGGUUUUGUUUGACAAGUGUUAGUUAAGUCAACACUCUUGAAGGUCUGUAGAUGACAUGAUGCACCUACUUUAUCAGCACAAAUGCUCCCCCAAGUGGAAAAAAAACAAAGGUUCUUUUCUUUCAA